GAGAGGGAGGAGGGGGUGGUUGGGAGGGACUGACCAGGUUUUGUAUGGAACAGGAUGUUUUCCUCUUUAUGAUCUUUUAAUCGCGUAUUUUUUUGUGGCUGUUAAAAACACAACCGCAUAGAAAAGUAAAUGGUUUUGACUUACUUGACUUAAUCCUCUUUGCCCCUUGUGAGGCAUAUAGGGCUUUCACCAUAGCUUCUCGAACGCACUGGCAAUGUCAUAAUUUUCGUGUCGGCUAACAAACUGCCAAACCGCUUGAGAACAUGAUGUGGAUUGCAGCGAUUAAGAUUGGGGUUGAAAAUAAAGCGGAUUGGAUGUGAUGAAUAAGUGUGAAAACGGCUUGACAAACGCACAAGGGGGCAGGCAAGCAGAUACUGUUAGAAAGAACGAAGCAAUAAUUAGUCGCUCUUGCGGGUCAGCAGUUAGACACUGUUUUUUGGCGAAAUAAGGGGAAAAUGGCUAUCAAGAACGGUGAUGUCCCUUUUGUUAGUUUUUAGCCAUUGACCGACUGACGCACAAGAAAAUGGAAAAUUGUGUCACAUGUAGGAUGUGAACAUGAACUGUCUACCAAAGUGCGCAUGUGUAUAAAUAUGGAUAACUUGUAGCAAACUGAAACGACGGCAUGAGAUUUGGAAACCAAGGGGUUAAAGCCUCACUGUUGCGAGUUAAUUACCGCAAAACCCACAAUUACGGAUCUGACGGCAUCUCAAAUGUUUCCUUAUGAAGUGUGAAGCGCUGUGUUCGUUGCGCGCGUUAUUUGGGCGUCGUCGCUUGGUGUUUACAGACAGGACAUGUGUAUUUUCCGUUGUUACGGUUUCCUUUUAUUUUUCCCAACCAAGAUUUUCCCCACUGUCCUUGCCCUAUAAACCGCUGUUUAGAAAUUUAAUCUGUAGUGGAUCGUUGAGUUUUCGGCGCGGCAUUUUUUUCGAAAAAUGGAUAUAAUUCCUUUGUACUUUCCGAAGGAGUUCUACCUAACAGUUUUGCGGUUUGUCGCUUUCGACUUUUGGACACCAACGAGGGGCAAGUAUUUCAGAUCGAUUUUCAAUGUUCUCGUGUUUUUUUCUUAUUCCUUGGCUUAGAAAAUUAUAACCUGAUCGAUGCUUAUUUGAUUCGAUGAAGCUUAACUAAUGUUUCGUAGAAAAAUCUCUUGUGGAAUUCAAGGCCAGCUUUCAUGAAUGGGAACGUGCUCGUUAAAUCCACAAAUAUUGUCUGCUUCCUUAUCUUAUAUUCUGUAUUCUGAGUAGAGCAAUUAAAGGUUUUUAGAUUAAAAAUACCAUACAUGACGCUGCUUCCUGACAAACAAACUUGCAUCGUAACCUCGUCAAACAAAGGCAUCCUUUUAUACAGGUUGUUUGUAAAGUCGCGGAUAAACACUUUCAAUCUGUUUAGAGACGCGGCCAUCUAUUUUUAGCGGAUCUUGACAAAGCUUAAAACCGUACGUGAAUCAAUAAUAAUCGAGGCUUAAUUUUCAAGAGCAGUACUCGACAAAUCACCGGAAACCAUUAUAGGAAGUUCAGCUCAUUGGCGAUGACGAAGAGAGAAAUGGGUGAUAAGUUCAGAUUCCUUGGAAAUUUUGCGAUAAUGUUGUAGAUACUAGAAGUUCCUAAAACGUCGCUUCAAUUUCUACUUCAGUAUAAUUUACUAAGAGUUCGUAAAACUGUGUUUUUCUAUAACCAGGGGGUUGCUGCCUUAGUCUCAUCUUUCUUUGUUAUAGUAUUUGACGCGAUAAUCUGAAGUAUAAUCUUCUCAAAACCUUGCAAAUAAAAAUACUAAUUUCAAGUUUAUUAUGCCUUUUAACCCUUUCACCCCGAGAAAAACAAACGCGUCGUGCGAUGCGGCUCUAAGUUUUGAGUCUUUUGAAUCUUAGAGAGUAUAAACAUUGAAAAGUCUCUUCAGUAUUUUUCCAUAUGUCAUUUGAGACAGCACUUUCUUGAACCAGGAAGUUCGAACAUCUAACCCAGUGCCCUCGUUGCAAUCGGUUUUAGACGUAUGUAGACAUGAGACUGAUACGAUACCACGAGUCGGCCGGUCAACCAACUCCAGCAAUGACCCAAAAAUUCACUUUACAUACAAACACCACUCGAUGAGUAGCCUAAAAUUUCGCUUCGUCUCUGACUUUAUUUCGCUUCUCUGAGGCUUUCCAAGUUUUUCCACUUUAUAAAACUAAAAAAAUUCAGCAUGGCAUUUAAAUGAAUAUUUAAAACAACUUACAGAAAAUAAUUUCAACGUAUUAAAGGUGCAUUAUUCUCCUUCAUCAUGUCAAUUCAUGUGCGUGAAACUAUGUUUGUAAUUAUGAAAGGAAUAGCUCUAGUUUCCCAUUAAAACUCUGCCUUUCCUCGGCAAAAAAGCAAACAAAAAACCCGCAAUGUUGAUGGCUUGAAAAUACACUAGACCAGUCAUCCCGCAAUUUAAUGGCAAUCUAAAUUUUUGAACAUCAGUUAUGUAAAUCCCUCGACAUGCGGUUGUUCGCAAACUUCCAAGCUAUAUUUAAUGACUUUUAUAUUAUUUUCAGAUGUCUGCUCCGUUGCGUGGGUCUUAAAUUGCGAAUUUUGCGGCUUCCGUCUGACAAAAAUCGAAACAAAUUUGAACAAGAAGUGAUGGUUUGACCUUUUGUCCGGUUCGUGACUGUCGCGCGCGCAAACUGACUCCCGCGCGGAAACUCCGCCAGCUUCGUGGGUUUCCUUCGUUUACCUCAUAACCGCUUUCUGAACUUUGUUUUCGGUGGUUCGCGAUAAAACGUGAUGGAGACCCAUUACACGCCCUUCCUUUAAGAAUUUUCAUUCGAAAGGUGUAGGAUUUAUUUUUGAUCUUUCCUUGUAAACGUAAUGAAAAUUCCUGCGGGUUUUGCUUGUGUAAUAAAUGACAAAGGAAAUAAUAUUAUCUCAAAGCAGAACUUCUGGGCGAUAAAGUGUUCAUUAUGUUCCGGAUAUUUUGGUAUUUAUUUUAUCAGCAGGGAGUUUUCUUCGCCAGAGAUUAAAAUUAGAUUUUCCGUUUGUGACGAUUUUGUAGAUAAAAGAGCAAAUUGCAGAAGGGACAGUGACCCAUUUUCCCGUAAACUGACCUCAAAUUCAGGGAAAACAACAGCUCAUUAAGGUAGUAAAACACCGAAGUGUUGAUAAGAAGGCACAAAGCAACGUGGAUGGCUAAAACUGGGCAGAUUGAAUGGAGUAAUGAAAUUCAUGAGUUUGAAUCGAGUAAUGAAAUUCAUGAUUUUAUUUAUUUACGAGCUAAACAAGGAAAUAAUUUUUUCCUUUUAGAAAUGUUUUUUCGAUUUAACACCAAAUUAUCAAAAUUGGAUGGCAUGAACAUGUACGACAAUUAGCAUAGGGAACUCUAAAAUAUAUCGGUAUGCGAUAGGCGGGCAUUAGGUGUAACGAGAGAUAAUUUUCUUAACAUGCAAGCUUAGCAAAUGAGCGUAUGUUUCAACGAUCAUUUACUACGUGUGAAUAAAGCUGUUUAUCAACACGGAAAGUAAAUGAAACUAUCUUUCAAAGUCAUCGAUACGAAGCUUAAACAGGAGAUCAUGGAAGUUUCGGAAGAAUUAUCUCGGUAUCAAAGCGGCAAUAGUCGAGUUUCCUAUCCCUUAAUAGUCCUUAAUCCUUGGAGGAGAUUAUUCACAGAACAUCUUGAAAUAACCAUCGUAUAUUCUUAUCCAUCUUGCAGCUCAUCAAACAUAAUCUUCUUUAGUCUUAAAAGCAUUCCUUUACAUUAUUAACGGAUUAGAGCAUUUUAAACUGCCGUAAGAUGGUUUUAAAUCUACUUUUUUUCGAAGCACGUUGAGAUUUUCUAGAUAUUUUCAGCUCCCAACUGUUAACACUUCAUCAGAGAGUCGAUGAUGCUUUGUUUCUUCUCCAAACUUCUCAGCCGAUCAGAUCAAACACAGCAAUCGCACGUGCAAAAAUGCGUCAAGUCGUUGUAAAAAAUGCCUUCUACUUGAAGGCCCGGACGACACGGCUUACUGCACUCUUUUCAACAGUCUUAACAGACUAACAUUCCAAAAUCUGAAUUUGCACCGACGCAAUCGAUUAUCUGUCAAAGACAAGCCCGCCUUAUAUGUUUAGACGAACAAGCUUAUCACAAAUUCGUUAUUAGAAUGUUUGCUUUGGAAUUAACCUCAGCGGGUGUCUUUGACAAUGUGUGUUUUUGUCAAACUUUAUAAGCAUGAAAAUUUACACAACUGUGUUCCUUAUAUCGUUAAAUUAUUGGAACUAGAAGUGAAAUGUUCAUUUAAGCUCAUUGAUUAUUUUAUGUUGCAAAUCGAGGAAAUUCUCAAAUCAUACUUCAUCCAAUUUGAACCAAAUUUUCGUUUUGUUAAAUAGCUAUGGGGCUGUAUGCUAAUCUUGAUAGCCGCCACCUUGCCCAGCCCCCUCAGGCUGUAAUCCAUGUUUUGACGAAGAGAAUUCGAGUUUCAAAAUUUAAUUAAGAUGGAAUGACCUUUUGAAACAAUUGCAGUAAAUCGCAGUUUUACCCCCUGUGGUGAACGCCUAAUCUAUUCUCUAGAAGAGACGAAUUUGAACCGGUUCAAGGUCGACAAUUUAGUCAUAGUUCUUGAUUGCUUUACGUUUCUUUUGAUGUCAUUUAGUUGUUGGUUUUAUCUCUUUCGUCUUCAGUGUGUACAUGUAUAACACUGUACUGAUUUUGUUGGACAAAAUUGGACGAUGAUAGUGUUUGGGAUAAUUUACUCUGUUUGAUUUAUUGUUUACUAAAAUCAGUGAUCCUGAAGUAAAAUGGUUUUAGCGCCGAAGGGUAACAUUUUUCCAUUAGCAUUAAACAUGUUUUUGUGAUAAAUAUGUUUGUUUUGGGUUUGUUUGGUAUCUUUCUCGAUAUUAGAUUUAAUUAAUCAAAUGGUAAGUCAAGCCUAAGGGCCAAGGCUUUUGACAACAGGCCAGUACAAUAACUCCAUCUACCAAACCGUACAUGUCGAUCUGAUCUUACAGAUUUUGUUAUAACAAUGUUGAUUUAGGACCUCCAGUCGCCCAAAUGUUAACCUGUCUCUUUCGAGGAACUCUCAAAAGAUAGAAAGAAUCUGAGAGAUCUUCCAAACGACAACUAUGCUGUGAAUCAAAUCAAGGAUGACCAAUUAUUCAAACAGCCCCUUCGUCACAUCUUGUGCCAUUCUCGUCACCAGACUCUGCGAUCCCCUUGGACAUGACAAGGACCGGCGGGCUCUGGGGAUGAGAAUGGUCUUGUGCACGUAGAGCGCGUGUGCUACGACAAACAGAUGGGAUUAGUUUUGUAGCCUGUGUAUUUCCUCCCCUUCCUGUCGUCUAUCCCUUUCCCUGAUUUUUCUUGAAGGAAGUAACCGAAGACGGCCGACAAAUGUAAACAGGCCAUUCCUCUCUAAGGCGUAGGUCAAACGUCGAACUUCACAUGAGAGGAGCUAAACUGAGCGAAUUAAGUUCGGGAUAAGUUCGACGUUUGACUCGACUGAGUUCUUCCGACUGAAUUUAGAAGCAGACGGAUAGAACGUGUUGGUCGAACUAAAUUCGAAUUAAGAUCGACGUUUGACCCAACGGUCGAGGUUUAACCGUUUGGAUCGACUCAAAUUGCAGUUUAGUUCGUCUUAUGUGAAGUUCGACGUUUGACCUGCCUAAGACUGCAUUGUUUCAGUGGUUGGUUUGUGUUUGUUACACAUGUUUAUAGAGGAUAAAGACUCUUGGACUUGUUUGAUUAUGUUAUUUUUUAUUUCCUUGUUUUAGGCUAUAAAAGACAAUAUGGGCAAGAGUUGCAAAUGUCACGGUGUCUCUGGCUCGUGUACUAUCCGAGUGUGUUGGAAAACCAUGCCGAAGAUGGCGCAAGUUGCCUCCGAACUACGACGAAGGUUCGAUAGCGCGCUGAAGGUUAAACUAAACAGAAGCAAAACCAAGCUCACGAGACUUUCUCGCGGACGACGAGGACGAAAGAGGAACACGAACAACCGUCGACCGUCGCCUUCAAGUCUCGUCUACGCCGUCAACUCACCGGACUUUUGCAAAGCCGACGACAGGUAUGGAAUUCUGGGUACGGUAGGAAGAACGUGCAAUAAGACAUCGGAAGGCACGGACGGUUGUCGCCAGUUGUGCUGCGGCCGGGGAUAUAACACUGCUAACAAGGUGGAUGACGUCAAAUGUAACUGUACUUUUAUCUGGUGUUGUCACGUCAAGUGUGAUUGGUGCAAAAAAGAGUGGAUCGAACAUACUUGCAAGUGAGGCGUAAUGACGUCACUAAUCAGGAAUAAAUUAUUAUGGAUUAUGUUCAAAGGGCGUCACGGAUUUUUAAAAUGUGCAAUUAGUCGGUUGGAUUUUUAUUUUUUCAUUGGCCGUGUCGGAUACGGUGCUGGGAAAGCAGCUAUGAAUGAUUACACCAGAAGUAACAAAGGGUAGCUUACCACUUUCUACAAUAAUUCAAAGACAACAAAUCAUCACCGACACACUUUGACAUCGCUUGUGGCUACUGUGAGUCAUGGCUUAGAUCUCUAUUCACGCGAUGCUUAAACGUUUCACUUGGAAAUAGAGAAUCGAAGGCUUUCUUCUAGUUGCUCACUCGUAGGAACAACAGCGUUUUUAGCCUUUCAUUGGAUAGGUUUUGCUUGACAGUGUACAUAUUUAUGAGAACUUUUAAAGAACUGAAUUGUAUGAAAAAUGACUGAAUUUUUCACCUCCCCCAGCAAGAUUCUCCCCUGUAAUUCUAUCCGAAUAAGUCCGGGGAAUAGGAGCCUCUUCGCUGAAUUCAAUCAAAUAAGACUAAUGAGGCGACAGCCUUUUACCAAGUUGCUAAUGUAGUGGCCAGGUUAUACUGCUCACAAAAGCAUGCGUACGUCAGUAUGACGUCAUAUUGCUUAGCAACGUCUCGAACGAAAAACGCAGGCUCAGCCGUAGUGGUGCUUAUUCCCCCGACUGUUUCCUGAGAAACCUCGGCCAGAAGCAAACUAAUUAAUAUGCACCUUGUACUUUUCUCACAUGACGAGAAAUACACGAGCUUGUUACGAUAUUGUGGAGAAGAAUGAGAGCGGGAAAGACUCUUUUCAAGUGGAAACAAGCGUUGUGAUUCUCGCGACUUGUAGAGCAUUUGUUUUAAUUGUAUGUCUUGAGGUUUGUAACUUACACAAUGCAAAUAACUUCUAAUUAUAUAAUUAUUUCUAUGUAUACAAACCUUUCUUAUUUAUAAAAUGACACCGUAGAGAGAAAAUCAGUGUUUGAACAUAUUGUAUUGUAGAGGACGACUUUUUCGAAAACACGAAAGUCCAACAGUAAAGAAAUAAAAAACAAGUCCUGAGUUGUGA